AGCAAGAAUAAGUAAGCUUUAAAUUGAUUGAUUGAUGAUUGUGCUUUUUGACAGGACAGGAAACCAUUUGUAAACAAAUUAUAAGUUUUAUCUAGCUGCAUAAUUUUUCUGCUCAUAUUUUGCUGCUUUUUGAAGUUGACUUUUUGAUAAAAAAAUAUAUAUAUUCUUUUGAUACUAUGGCUUCUAUGGAAAGAGAAUCCAUACAAAAACAAAUCCAACAAGACUGGGCCAACAGGGAAUACGUGGAAAUUAUUACAGCUAGUAUUAAGAAGAUAGCAGAUUUCCUAAAUUCUUUUGAUAUGUCAUGUAGAGCCAGGUUGGCCACCCUGAAUGAAAAACUAACUUCUUUAGAGAGAAGGAUAGAGUAUCUUGAAGCGAGAGUCACAAAAGGAGAAACUCUGACAUAAUUAAGAGUAUCAUUUGUUCCAAAAACAUGUUUAUGUGGUGAUUGCUUACUUGCAUUUUCAAUGUUUCUUUUUUAUCUAUUUGUAUUGUAAUUAUGUAUACAAAAAUUAAAUGUUUAAUGCAUUAAU